AUUGUUUGUUAUAUUUUACAGAAAACAUGUAAUGAAAAUUGUCAAAAAUGUCUGAAAUACUCUGCAAAUGGCUUAACGAGGAUGUUAAGUUAAGCCAAAAAGUUGAUCCAAAUAAUUUUGCGGAAUGUUUCGGAAAUGGCUAUCUUAUUGGAGAAUUACUUAGUCAAUAUGGAUUACAGGACGACUUCAGUUUGUUCUCUCAAUCACGAUCAGCUGAUACAAAAUUGAAUAAUUUUUUCCGCAUAGAACCAACAAUGGCGUUACUAGACAUCAAGUUUGACACAAACAUGGCGAGAGAAAUCAUCAAUGAGAGACCUGGAAUGGCCACCAGACUACUGUACCAGUUAUUUAUAGCAUUGGGGAAGAAGUCUAAAAUGAAUUUAACAGGUUUUGCUAUGGAGACUAUGCGACCACUUGGUCCUGCCAGGUUAGGUGUUAUCGAAAGCGACAUGUACAAAGAGAGAUUGAAGACAUUAGUUCCACGACAAGUUGAUGUUGACUUUGAUAAAUUAGUGACAAAGUAUGACGAAAAACAAAGAGAGGUGGAGGAGCAAGCUUUAAGAGCUAAGCAAGAAGAGGAGAGAAAGUUAAAAAAGUAUCAGCAAGGCUUGAGGCAAAAAGAACUAGAAAGAUCUCGUCAAAUAAGAGAACAACAGGACAAAAUCAUGGCUAAAAUUAAAGGAGCGAAUGUCAAAAUCCCAAAGCCCCCACAACAAAAGAAAUCUGGGAAGACUCAGCAAGAGGUAUUAAAGGAGAGGGAAAUCCAGAGUGUUUAUUGCAACAUUGACAAAUUUGAAAAACGUUUGCAAAAUAUGAGAUCAAUUGCAUCACCAGAAUCUUCAGAUCAAAUUAGGGAAAUUGAUGUUGAUAUUGAAACAUUUCUCAGCGAUUCCCAAACUAAGAAGUCCCCGAAAACAAGUGACUUUGUCAAGCCAGAAGAAAACUUUGAUUAUGUGAUGAAGAUCAGACAGCGACUCAAUGAAGAUGCCAAUGCACGAAAAGAAAGAGAAAAAAGAAGAAGAAAAGUACUUGUUGAGCAAAUGGAAGCACAUGAAAUUCAACAAGAGAGCGCGAGGGAGAACAUUCUUGUUAACAGACUGAUGAGACAGUCUCAAAUGGAGCGCAGAAUAGCUGUGCAACUUAUGCAUGUUCGCCAUGAAAAGGAGGUGAUACGGAAUAACAGGCUGGAAAGGGAACGUCAGUUCACAGAAAGAAGAUUACAAGACUUUCAAGAUGCUCUGGAAAGGGAAGCUGCAAUAUGUCACCAAGCUAAAAUUGACUAUGCCAAAGAUGUCCAACAAAGUCAAGAAUUGCAUGAUUCUAUUGCAAAAGAACGGGCAUUACGGAAAAGUGAAAAGCAUUAUGGCAUAUGUAGAGAGAUCUUAUUGGAUAUUGUUGACUUUGCAUGUAAAGUGGGAGAGUACAGAGAAUUAACUGAAAAGCACCUGCCACCAAAAAUUGUGAGGGAAUGGAAAGCAUUGUUUCUAAACUCCAAGCCUUUGUAUGAGUAUCCUGUUGUGGAGGUUGACCCUGAAGCAGAAGAAUUGCUUGCACUGGAAGAGUCUAAACAAACAUUGUUGGAUGAAGAAGACUUUUUAGAGUACAAGAAUUUUGUUGGAGAAUGGAUACCUGUUGAAGGACAAUCUUCUGUUGUCAAGGAAAACACUGUGCUUGGUUUUAUUUUAAAACGAUUAAAUAAUAUUUUAUAUCCUCCCACUCCUCCACCUCCAGAACCUGAGUUUCCAGCUUUUCCAAUCAAAGUUUGUGUCCUUGGCAAAUUCUUUUCUGGCAAGACACGAGCAAUACAACAAAUUGCUUCCACUCAUCGUAUUCAAUUACUGGAUGUCGAAGUAAUUGUUGAUGAUGCUUUGGAAGCAUGGAAGUGUCAGGAAAUGAUACCCCCAGUGUUAGAUAUUGAGCUUGCAUCAAGGGAGUCUUGCUCUGAAUUAAAACUGGAAUGUGAUGGUGAAAUAGUAUCUGAAAGCAAGGAAUUUCAAGAAACAGAACAAGUUGUACUACCUGAAAAAGUGAUGGAAACUACUGGCCAACCAGAAACUAACGAGGAUGAAAAUCCUGGAAAAGUAGUCACACGAAACAGUGAAGCUGCUUCAGCUACACCUGAUACUAGCUUAAAAAAGGGUAGCAUAGCCAUGACAGAAUCUGAUACUUCCCUACAUCUCACUGAAUCAAAAGAAAAUCAAUUAACACUUCGUGCAAAGUUGGGUGGCAAGGCAAAUGUUUAUUUAAAGAAAGGACGUGGAAUUCCAGAUUCUUUACUUGUUGAUAUUUUAGUGGAACACAUUAGGAACAUUCCAGAUGGAACAGGAUGGAUUAUUGAUGGCUUCCCAAUGAAUAUUCAACAAGCCAAGUUACUUGAAAAGGCCUUGACAGGAUACGAAGCUGCUCCAAGUCCUCGCAAAUCUGUGGUGAAGAAAGGGAGGAAGUCUCGACUUGCACCUGACCCAUAUCCACCUGCUGAGGUGAAAGUACCCAAGAGUGGUAUCGAUGUUGUUGUUUUAUUCGAUGUGUCUGACGAGGUUGUUUUAAGAAGAGCAGAAGGAAGAUCUUAUGAUCCAGAAACCGGGGAGGAGUUUCAUGAAGAAUUUAACCCUCCUCCGGAGGGUUGUUAUACUGGUUUGCAGAGCAAGAAUAAAGUUAAUUCAGUAGUUGAUACUUCCAACGACAAAGAGCAAGCUCAAAUAAGAUUGACUACAUUUCAAGAUAACUGGCCUAAAUUGGAAAAAUGGUUCAAUCGCUUUAAUGUCUUACAGACAGUAGAUGCAGACACUUCAUAUGAAGAUGUAUGUUCCCAACUAAAAGACAUUUUGGACUCUACACUACAAAGAUUAGUGACGCCUGUACCAGAGGAUGAACCAAUACAGCAGAAAAUAGAUGAAGAAGUAAUUGCAGAAAAUCUAGCUAAUCCUGCUGCGCCGGAAGCCCCUCCAGAGGGAGGUGAGAAAGACUUAGGAACUAAAACAGAACUGAAAGAGGAGACCAGUGACCCCCCAACACCUGCAGAGGUAUCGAAAAAAGGACAAAAGAAGGACCCAGAGUCACCCUCACCGACGAAAAAAGGUAAAGGCAAGGGAAAAAAAGAAGGAGGACAAACACCUACUAAGAAGAAGAAGGAAAGUGCUUCAUCAAAAAGGUCUUCAUCCACAAAAUCAAGUUCACAAUCACUACGUAAAACUGAGAGUCAUGUUGAAGAAGUCGUUAUUACCAUCGAGGAACCUGUCGAACCACCUUCUCCUGAACCAGGUGAUGACGACUGGGUGUAUGUGGAACAGCCCAUCGACGAGGAGUUUGUUCAAAUGCUUUUAAAUAAUUGGGACAUAGUAGAAGAAACCUAUAUUGCUUCGUGUAAACACACGUUUAGAAAGAUUCGACAUGAGAAUGAGGCUAUUUACAGAUAUUUUUACACCACUAGAAAAAACUUUGUCGAGUUUCUACAAAGACCAGACGAGAAGCAAAUAUAUGUUUCACAGUGGCAAAAGGAAUACAACGAUUUCCCCCAUGAUAUGAGAAGUGACGAAAAUGCUAAAGCAGAACUUCACCAGAGAGUUGAUGAUUUAUGUGACGUGCUGUGGGACAUUUGUGACAGUCGAAAAGAAGAUGCAGAAAGUGAGCGAAACACAAUCAUGACAGAAGGAUGGUUGGAAGACCAUCUUGGACUGCUCGCAAACCAUUACAUAUCCUUGGUACAGAUGGAGAUUGAUCGAUAUCAACAGACAUGUAAAAUGGUUAGAGAUUAUUACGUAGCUAUGGAGGAUGGAGAUGACGCGCAAAAAGUAAAACUUCUAUCAGAUGGUGUGCCACAAUUUAGCAGAAUUCCAUUGAUUGACAUACCAGCUACAUUACCUCCCUCACCAAACGAACCAGAGUUGACAGAGACAUCGUCUUCACAGCUAUCUGUAACUGCAUCAACCACGACGAAACCUACACUAAAGACACCUGAGCCUUCUGCAGAGGAAAAGAAAGGAAGAAUCCCACUUAUUUCGAGACAGCCUUCACCUGGCGAUCUUUCUCCAACACGAAUGGAAAAGAAAAGAAGCUCGUCGAGAAAAGAAAAAGGAAGUGCAGAGAACAUGGAGAGUCCACUGCCUCCUUCAGAUCAAGAUGAAAAACUCCUUUACGAUGCAGUUUUACAUGCUUUUCAUGUCAUCGAAGCACAGGUAGCUUCUGAUAUAGCUGACGAUGAAGCAGAAGCAAGCUUGAAGGCUGACAAAACCAACAAUGAAUUGACAAAAAUUGCUUCAAAGGACAAAAAGGGCAAAAAGCUUGAUAAAGAGCGGAAAAGUCCAUCGAAAGUGUCGAAAACGCCAGUGCGAGCACCGACACCAGCUCAAAUUGCAAGCCCGCUUGACAUUAUGAGCGAAGAAGAAUUGCAACGACAGAUGAUGCGCGAGAAGAUGAGAAAAGAAUAUAAAACUAUCGUACGAGUAGAAGCUACAGGUUUGAAGUCGCGCGUGGAAUCGAUUAGAACACAUGGCGGUAUGGUUAUUAAAAAACUAAAGGAGAAAACUCAAGCAACGUACACUGACAUGGACAAUUGGUUGGGAAAAAGAUUUUUGGAAGAAAUGGAGAGCAUUUCCAAAAUGGCUGACGUGAUUCGGCAAAACAUCGAAAAUGAAUGCCAAUUGCAAGAUGCUGUCAUAUUGGAAGAUAAAGAGUUUUUCAUUGACGACGACCUGCAUGUAUUUAAAACUCCGCCUCCACCACCCAUCCUAUCUCCCAGAGAAGAAAGCCAGCCCGAUAUAUUUACAUGUGUGCAGUUACAAGGGCUUAGCAAGCAUUUUAAAGAAAUAGCGCCAUCUGGUUUGGUAAAUAUUAAAGCCUUCGUGAAUGUUGUAACAGAUAUGACUGCGUCAACGGCUUGUUUGGAAACCGUUCCCGAACGAUGGUUGAAUAUCACUCCAACACAGUUGGGAACGAUAACAUCAGAGCUAGCGAUUAACAAUGAAUACAUUAACUGGAAAGAAUUCAUGGUUUAUCUGUCUGUUCCAUACCCUAUACCCUCAGCAAAUGAUUUGAGAAAUGCUGUGACGGGGUAUCAAUCAGCUGAUCCAACUUCUUCUGGUGUCAUUACUGAUACAGACUAUCAACAGAUUCCGAUUUGGUUGGAAGAACAAGGUGAACAUCUGGAAGAGAAAUACGACAGAGCGAAGAAUCUUAAACAGAUUUUCUUUGAAAUCUUCUCAUUCGAAACAUGUGAAGGAGAUCUACUCAACUACAAAGACAUGCUGCUUUAUUUCGUGACGAGUGAUGAUGCACUGGAUGGUUUGUUGACUGCUUUAAGUAUUGUGUCCGGGCUAACUCUACCAGAUGCUCACUUACUAAGAGGAUUAUCUUCUGACAGUCAGGAAAAUAUUAUGGACGUGGAUGUUCUAGCACAAGAUUGGAUGCAGGUAUUUAAUCACGGUGAGCGUGGCCACGGUGGAGAUCACAGAUUUAAUUUAGACGUCAGUUCGUCCGGGUUACAUCUAAAGGACGAAAUCGAAGGUGUGUAUGAAGACCUCGGGUACACGAGCAGUGAUGCGAUUCCUUUAAAACUACUUUAUGGACAUCCUUUGAUGAGGGAUUUAAUAGAUGGAUGCGUUAAAUAUACAAAAAAGGAUAUUAACAAGGCAUUUUCAGACAGAGGAGAAGACAUCAUUGAAGAAGAAGAACCAGUAGUCACGUGAUAGAAUGCUGCUAUUCCAGCUUUUACGUAGAUAUGUAUAAUGAUGUUUUUUUUUUAUCAAACAUGUUGUAAUAUAUUGAUUCCAUAUAAAUUAUUGUUCAUCUGA